AAGCGCGCGGGGAAAUCCAAAACAGACACCACGUCGUCUCUCCUCUGUCUCUGCUGUAAAGACAAGCGGCGGUCGAGAAGUGGAAGACAACUGCAAAAGAGGAAGCAAAGAUGCAGAGAGCUUCUCGUUUGAAGCGUGAACUUCAGAUGCUGAGCACCGAGCCACCUCCCGGGAUAACAUGCUGGCAGACCGAGGAACGGAUAGACGACCUCCGGGCACAGAUAGUUGGAGGGACAGGAACUCCAUAUGAAGGUGGACUCUUUUCCCUGGAGAUCAUGGUCCCUGAGAGAUACCCAUUUGAGCCUCCCAAAAUCCGAUUCUUGACACCCAUCUAUCACCCAAACAUUGACAAUUCAGGACGUAUCUGCCAUGAUGCUCUCAAACUCCCACCAAAGGGUGCCUGGAAGCCAUCCCUAAAUAUCUCCACAGUCCUCACUUCCAUCCAGCUGCUCAUGGCUGAGCCCAAUCCAGAUGACCCACUCAUGGCUGAUAUAUCAUCAGAGUUCAAAUACAACAAACAACUGUUCAUGCAGACGGCCAAGAAGUGGACAGAGGAACAUGCUGUUCAGAAGAACACGGGAGUCACAGAGAGCAACAAAGAAAAUACCCCAGAUCAGAAAGCAUCAUCACGCAAAAGAGAGGCCCUCCACACACAGCAGGAGGAAGAGGAGCCAACAAAGAAAAACUGUGUGUAGUUUGCACCACACUUGUUAGAUCCACAGGUCUCUUCUCCAGAACCACCUGCCAGUAUGUAAAGAGUGUAUUUUAAUUUUCAAUUCAGUGGUAAUACCUUCUUUAAUUUACUAUGUGUGCAUUUGUCUUGUUAA